ACUGACAUUUCUUGGCGCGUGAGUCUUCGAUAUCUCAGAAAAUGAAAAAGAAAAAGAAAAGAGACAAAGAAUACAUUAUAAUCUAAUUUAAAUCUCUCUUCACUCUCAUAAGUUCCCCUUUCCACUCACACAACAAUUUCUACUUUGGAAACCCUAAAAUGGAGAGGAAUCAAGCUCCACGGAAACGGCAACAUAUGGAUGUCAGGCCGGAUAGAGACGAGGUCAAUAGGAUUUAUUCACCAUGCCCUAUGUCAGUAUAUUUUGAUCUUCUGGAUUCUGCUUACAAAGGGGAACUAGAUCGUUUCACAAUGAUAGCUUCGUCUUACGAUAAGAGAGGGGAUGGAUUAGCAAAGACCAUCCCACGUCUUGUGGAUGGAGAUGGAAGAGGAUCUCUUGCUUUUGCUGCUGCUGGUGGAAGAGUGAAUGUUUGUAGAUACUUGCUUGAACAGUUGAAUCUUGAUGUUGAUGUUAAGGAUAGUCAUGGUGUAACUCCCUUAUCAUAUGGAGCUGUUAAGGGACAUCUUAACACUGUAGAGUAUCUUCUCGAGCAGGGCGCCAAUCCUGAUGGCUCAAAUGAUCCAGAUAGUACAACUAAUACUCCUUUGCAUUAUGCUGUAUUGGGAGGAUAUAGAAAGAUACAGACAUUGUUACUUUCAAAAGGUAUUCGCAUUAAUGUUGCGACUAGAUCUGGCACAGCCCUAUCAUAUGCUGCUCUUCUUGGCCAGAUUGAUGCUGUUAAAGUUUUGUUGGAUCACCAUGCAGAUCCUAAUGUACUGUUGUUUGGUAUGACUACACCGCUAACAUCGACUAUUGUGAUCAAGUCACUGCCAAUCAUGGAUCUUUUACUAAAGGCAGGUGCUGAUCCAAAUGCCAAAUCAUGUGGAUUUGCCCCUCUAAUAUUUGCAGUAAUUUAUGGGCUACCACAAUUUGUCGUGCGAUUGCUAGAGGCUGGUGCUGAUCCAAAUGCUACAAAUAAUGAAGGGAUGACUGCAGUAGAAAUUGCUGCUAGAGAGGGUAAUAGUGAAGUUGUUGAGAUUCUAUUUCCUGUGACUACUCGCGUUCCAACAUAUCCGAAUUGGACCAUUGAUGGACUUAUGGAGCAUGUGCAUUCAGUGGCAGCCAAAAAGAAGAAGCUGAAAGCUACCAUAUCUAUGUUCCUUAAAAAGUUGACUAGUAGAUAUCAGGGCUUCUGGGCUUCUGGUAGUGCAUGGAUCUAUGGGAAGUUACAAACUGAUUUAUGUCAUGGUAUUAUCAAUCAAAUUAGUGGCUUGUCAGUUGCAAUAUUAUUCAAUCAUAUUAGAGGCUUUUUAGGGACUUCUGGGCUUCUGGUAGUGCAUGGAUCUAUGGAAGUUAAGAACUGA